GCUCCAGACAACAGUUGACACGGUCAGUUUCGACUAAGACUACUUUCGGUGGAAAAAUGGCUGGACCGUCCAAGACGCUGGUCUUUAUCCUGUUCUUUCUGGGAGUUUCGUGGUCGGCAAAACCCAUCUCGGUGCUUGCUUCAGUCACGGUUCCUGAUCGGACGUCCGUGCAAAACCGAAUCACGUCUCUCCCGGAAGGUUAUGAGCCAAUUCUCAACUCGAACGUAGCUUACAAGGUCUACAAGAAUACGCUAGUAUCGUGGAUGGAGGCAAAAAUACUGUGCGAGAGUGAAGGUGCUCGUUUGGCAGUGGCUGACAGCCGGGAGAUUUACGCCCGCUUGGUACAUCAAAAUCCGCAGAAGAUACACGUGGGCGUUCACAGUCUAUUCGACAAUUGGGUCAGUCUUCGUGACGGAUCAGUCUUAAGUGACUUACCAUGGGAAGAGGGUGAACCUUCCGGAACUUAUGACUGCGUCUGUAUCUCUACGAUUGGCGGUUAUCUCCGAAAUACCGAUUGCUACAAUUGGAAAUCAAGUUACGCCUGCGAAGUUCCAAUUCCUCAGGUGCGCGUUUAG